GCAUGGUGGUUUUGGGCACGGGGAAGUGCUGGUGAUGGGGCGGGGGGAGCCUCCAGCCAGGCUUCCUGAGCUGCACAGCCGCCACUUCCCAGAUAAAGGUAUCACCCGGAGGAGCCGCAGCAGCUCCCAGCAGGGUGCUGGGAAGGGCCAAGCACGGCACACACGGCCCCGGCACACGGGUUGCAGGAUGGCAGCCUGCCUGCGCCGGGGCCGGCUGCUCCCUCUGCUCCCUGCCGUCCUGCUCAGCCUCCGCAGCCCACUGUCGGCCACUGAGCUGGUGACAUCCCAAGACGCUGCGCUGCUGGCAGGGGUGCCCGAGGACAUCCUCUGCUUCACCCGCUCCUUUGAGGACCUCACCUGCUUCUGGGAUGAUGAUGAGGAGGAGGAGGAGGCAGUGAGCAGGAUGUGCCACUUCUACUACUGGUACAGCAGGGACAUGCCCACGGCAUGCACAGUCUCCACAUGGCGUUAUGGGGCCGGCGGGACACGGCACGUCUGUGUUUUCCCCAGCCAGGACGUGCGGCUCUUCACCCAGCUCCACCUCCGCGUCCUGGAUGCCACCACCAACCGCACCAAGUACUGGCGGGACCUCAGUGUGGAUGCGGUGGGUCUUAUCGCCCCCCCAGUGAACAUCACGGCCCGCUGGGCUGGGGUUGCAGGGCAGCUCUGCGUGUCAUGGCAGCCGCCGCUCGCCGACUACCUGAACUUCUUCCUCUACGAGGUGCAGUGCUGCCCUGCCAGCUCCUCUGAUACGUCCUGCAGCACCGCAGCAGGGCAGCGCCCUGGGGACCCCUCCAUCCGUCCAGCUGUCAGCACCCAUGCACCCACCACCGGGGCAGCUGCAGCCUCCCCGGGAGCGGGGCAGGGGCUGGUCCAGGCCAACACCUGGGUGGUUCUCCAGGACCUGCAGCCAGGGGUGAGGUACCACAUCCAGGUGCGCAGUAAGCCUGAUGGCACCUCCAUGGAUGGUGUCUGGGGACCCUGGUCGCAGGCAGUGGCUGCAGAGACACCUCACUCCUCCGGUGAGCAGCCAUCCCCACCACUGCAGUGCUGGCAGGCACAGUGGGGAGGCCCCCAUGCCUGGGGCUGCAAGGGUGGGGGGCCUGGGGCAGGUGAGGUGCAGCACAUUAGUUUUGGGGGACCAAGGGGUAGCAGCCCCCUCCCUCCCCUGGCUCUCAUCUGCCCAGGAGACAUCGGGCUGUGCUGCAGCACCCCCGACCUGCGGCAUGUGCGCUGUGAGUGGAGCUGGGACCCUGCAGAGCCCCCCGGCUCCCACCAGCUCUUCUACCGGGCACCUCCAAGUGGGGCUGGCACAAGGGAAGAUGCAUGGCAGCAGUGUGAGGAGGUGAGCGUGGAGGCACUGGGCUCCCACACCUGCACCUUCCAGCCCAGGGCUGGCAGUGCCAUCUCCGUCCUGGUGAAUGUCACCCAGCCCCAUGCACUGUCCACACUCAGCUACUUCAAGGAGCCCUUCUGGCUGCACCAGGCUGUGCUCACAGAGGCCCCGCAGAUUGUGCACGCAACAGUGUCACAGGGCCAGCUGACCCUGCAGUGGCUGCCGCCCCUGGAGAUGCUGGCGGAGCAGCUGGACUACCAGGUCCGCUACGCUGUGGAGAACAGCCAUGACUGGAAGGUCCUGCAGGUCCCGCGGGCAGCCAGGAAAGAAGUCCUGGACCUACGGCCAGGUGCCCGGUACCAUGCCCAGGUGCGGGCACAGCCCAGCGGGCCGUGGUACCAGGGCAGCUGGAGCGCCUGGUCCAAGCCUGUCGUGGUUGAUGCCAUGGUUGAUGCGGGCUGGAUCAUCCCCAGCGUUAUGGUGGUGCUGCUGCUCUUCACAGGAGUGCUCCUGGGGCUGCGCUGCACCUUCCCCUCCCUCUACAGCAACAUGAAGCAGAAGCUCUGGCCGCCCGUCCCCGACCUGCACCGCGCCCUGGGCAGCUUCCUCCACGACAGCAGCAAGCACGGCCAGGCCAACAUCUUCUACAAGCAGCCGCCGGAGGAGCCCGUCCUGCCCUGCCUGCUGGAGGUGCUGCCCGGCCCGCGGGGGGAGGCGGGGACGCCGGCGCCGGAGCACGCUGCGGACCGGCUGCCCAGCACCGACAUCGCCAACCAGUCCUACCUACUCAUGAGCGGCUGGGAACCCCGAGGGCCGCCCUGACCCGCGCCCCCCGCCCCGGCAUAAAGGAGACGCGCAAACACCCGGGCUCCUCUCUCGUUGUCCGCGCCCCGGGCUCGCAGGGGAGCGGC